AGUCCUAGCACAGGAGUGUUUGGAGCAAGCGCGAGACAUUGUGUGCUAGUAUGCGUCGUGGGUAUUUCGGAAACGUUUGACACUACAGCAAGCUAGCUAUUUAGGCACAUUUAAGUUAAACGCACUGUUAACCCUGACGUAUGCAUAAGCCUCGUAAGUAUAUUAGUUUGCUUGCCAGUUACUUUCCGGCAGUCGGUCUUUGCUGACAGUUAAAGCGAACCUGAUGAGGACCAAAAGUCAGUGGAGUCCAAAGCUGUAGGCGGGGGUGGCUGGGCUCGUAGAAAUGCUGACUGUUGCUAAACUCAUUGCAGUCGGGGACCACCAACAUACGCCACUGCCUGCACUGCCAUUUGUUGUUGCAUGUUUAUGAUACAAGGACUUAUGUUCCAGAUUGUCUACAAGAUUCUGCCCCUUACUGGAGAGCUGAAGUGUCCGUCGUCAUGGUGAAGAAUGUUCCGGAAGGUGAAGAAGCGGCACAGCAGCAGCAGCUCACAGAGCAGUGAGAUCAGCACCAAGAGCAAGUCUGUAGACUCGAGUUUGGGCGGCCUAUCCAGGUCCAGCACGGUUGCCAGUCUUGACACCGACUCUACUAAGAGCUCAGGCAACAGCACCUUGGACACAUGUGCCGAGUUCAAGGUGAAGUAUCUGGGAUCCAUAGAGAAGCUGCCGUUCGAGAUGUGCAAGACCCUGCUGGAGCCCCCAGACUUGAUUGGCUAUCUAGACAAAGCACAGCAAGAAGGAAAGCUACCGUUUGUGGCUGUGGAUGAGGAGAUGUUCCUUGCAGUGUCCAAGUACGGAAUCAGGGUGGCUUCUUCUGACCAGUGUGAGGUGCUGCAGAGGCACCCUCUCUACCUAGUGGUCCGCAUGCUGUGUUAUGAAGAUGGGCUAGGAGCUGGCAGGAACCUGGUAGCACUGAAGACCACCGACCCUGAGCAGCAGGAAUGCAGCAUCUGGGUCUACCAGUGCAGCAGCGCCGAGCAAGCACAGGCCAUCUGCAAGGUGCUGUCUGCAGCCUUCGACUCUGCACUGGCGUCAGACACCAAGUCCUGAGGCCAGCUUUGAGGAGAUUCUGCUGUGAGCCAGGCCGGUACCCAGCAUACAUUGCACGACCACCAUCAACUGAGCCAU